UUUCAAGCUUUAUUUGAACUUAUUCAAUUAUUAAAUGAAAUGGUAAAUUUGAAUGCUGGGGUUUAGAGAUGAGGGAACGAAAAGUUUCAAGAUCCUCACUCACAUAGAAAUCACUUCAUGACCUGGUACAACCCUUACCUCUCUGACCUGGUUACGUCCCAGUCCCCUUACCCGCCGCGCUUUGCUCAGCUGGCUCCGGCUUCCUCAUCUCCUCUGCUUUACCCUCAGUGACUGUUUUCAGCCAGUGUGCCCUGAGACUCUAGAACUUUCUGCCUCAAUCUCUGUACCUUGCCCAACUUUGGAUCACACAUGAAAACCUUCCUCUGACUGUUCGUAUGGUCACCUUCUCCCUGGCUCAGCAUCAAGCUCUGCUACUAUUAAGCACUCACGCUACUGGUGUAAAGGAUGCUAUAUAAUUGCACGUUGUUUAUUAAAUACUGUACAGACAAUUGAACCAUUUUAUUUCCAAAAGAAAACUAUUCAAAACAUUUCCCAGACAAUUAGAAGGAUGCAAUUGAUGGAUGGAAGGAGAGCCCAGUGUUCCAGUUUGCAGGGAUUGUCAGCAGAGUGAAGGUGGUCACAAGCAUACAUUCUGCAGAGUCCAGCUCAGGAGAUUUGUAUAGCAGACUGUUCCCACCAGGAGGUGCAAUGGAUCUGGAGGAGAACGCAGUACAGAGCAGCAGUGAUGCUGCUCCCCUGGGUCAGGAGGUACCCUCUGAGAGCGGAAUGGUGGUGGAGACUUCGGAAGCAGUAUCAGCGGACAGCAGCGACACAGUAACAACCCCAGGCAUGGUGUCCCAGCCCGAUAACAGUUCGGGAGUUGACUCUGGUGUCGGCCAGAGCUGCGAAGAGUCUAUGGAGUUGGUUCCUGAGACCAGCUCGAGCACUGAUGUCAUUACCAUAGCCAAUCUUCCAGACUCUUCUUCAGUUGCUCAGUCUACCAUUGUUUCCAGUGUUUCGACUGUCACACAGUCCAUCAUAGUGUCCGAAUCUGCUCAGGUGCUGGUCCACUCCAGCGUAGUGUCAGACGGAACCAUGAUAGUGUCAGACUCAACUGCGUCCACCUCUUCAGACCUCGGAUCAGCUAUUGACAAAAUUAUAGAGUCUACGAUUGGACCUGACAUCUUGCAAAGUUGCAUCGCUGUGACCAGUGCCGGGGAUGAAGGAGCUGAAACCACUCAGUAUCAUGUCCUACCAGGCCCGGAUGAUGAUGGCCCCAUUGACUCUCAGAUGUCUGACUCACAGAUGUCGAACUCCAGGCUUUCCAACAUGUCAGCAGAGGGGCUGGCAGAAGGACCCACAUCUACCUGUGCAGAACACCUUGAGCAGCAUGACCUGGCUAAUCUGGAAGACAUGAUGGAGGUAGUGGUGGUUCAGCAGUUCAAGUGUAAAAUGUGUCCGUACAAGAGCAUUUCCAAGGACAACCUGAUCAAUCACAUGAAAGAUCGGCAUCUAACUAAUGGAGGUUUUCUAUGCAAAAAGCGAGGUAGAGGGCGGCCAAGAAAGCAGAACACAUCUCCAAGGCCAGAGGAAAACAAAACUGAGGAGCUGGAACAAGAGGAAGAAGAUGAUGACAUUGUGGAUGCUGGAGCCAUUGAUGACCGUGAGGCUGACAGUGAUUACAACCCAGCAGAGGAUGAGACACGUGGCAGACAGCCCAAUUACCACCGCAACGUCACAACCUCGACCAGCGAUAGGCCUCGGAGACGUCCCGGACGACCUCGCAAGGUCACGCGGGCAGAGAUCUCUGGGACUGAAGGAGCAGAAGUGGAAGCACUGGUCACCUCUCAGUGUAAUUCAACAGAACUACAGAGUUGUGAGGCAGCCAGUUCGACUGCCCAGGAGAUUGUGGACCCAGCAGGAGCCAGUGAGAUAGUAGCAGAGUCUGGGAUCAGCCAGUCAGAUUCUGAGAACAAAGACCCUUCGUCUAACACUGGAGAGUCUUCUUUUAAGUCCUUAAGAAGACGAGGUCGCCCACCCAAACGGUUCGGCAGAAGGAAAUAUAGAGGAUAUUUGGGACGAAGGUACAGCUACUACCGGUCGAGCAAGCCUUUGAUGAGACCACACCACUGCCGCAUCUGCGGCUCCCGUUUCUUGACCCAAGAAGAUUUGAGGUUCCAUGUCGAUUCGCAUGAAGGGAAUGAUCCAGAACGCUUCAAAUGCCUGCAGUGCAGCUAUAGAAGCAAGCGUUGGUCUUCGCUCAAGGAGCACAUGUUUAAUCAUGUUGGAACAAAGCCAUACAAAUGUGAGGAAUGUGACUAUACAAGUGUGUACAAGAAGGAUGUCCUCAGGCACUCUUCAGUCCACACCAAGGAGAGAAAGAGGAAAGCUGACUUGGUGCCCAAGGUGAGCGCCUAUCUUUGUCCGGUGUGUAACCGUGUCUAUCCCAUGCAGAAGAGACUGACCCAGCAUUUGAAAACCCACAGUGCAGAGAAACCGCACAUGUGUGACAAGUGUGGAAAAUCUUUUAAGAAGAGAUACACAUUCAAAAUGCAUUUAUUAACUCACAUUCAAACUCUUGGGAACAGCAGAUUUAAAUGCGAAUUCUGUGACUACAUCUGUGAGAACAAAAAGAUGCUCCUGAAUCAUCAGCUAUCGCACACCACAGAUAAACCCUUUAAAUGUGAUUACUGUAAAUAUUCUACCACAAAAGAGGAUUUCCUUGUAUCCCAUGUUGCCAUUAAGCACACUGGUGAGAAGCCGUUCUCGUGUGACCUCUGUCACUUCAACACCAAACACAAGAAGAACCUGCGGCUGCACGUUCAGUGCCGGCACCUGGAGCAUUAUGAGGACUGGGGGAAGUCGCAUCCUGAAGAGCCGCCCAGAGGGCGCCGUCCCUUCUUCACUCUGCAGCAAAUUGAAGAAUUGAAACAGCAGCAUGAUCAGCUGCAGUCUACGCAGGACAGCAUUCGAGAUGCCAUUGUUCCCCUGACCUACCAGACAGUUCCAGCAUCUGUGGUUAACCCGGAUUCUUUAGGAACCGCUACUAUUAUUUAUGAACAAGGUACGAACGAAUCCUCUGAAAUUGCAGCACAGAAUGCACUGGACCUACUGCUGAACAUGAGUACCCCGAGAGAGCUGGUCAGCAACUCUAUGCAGGUGGCAGUGUUGAAGUCUGAUGGUACAGCCCAGGAUCCGUCCUCCCAAGAAUCACAGAAUCCGGAGGAGGAGCCGUUUGCAAUGUCACCGCAACACAUGGUCGUCACUUUGCAUGUGGAUGAACAAAGUGAGACUGUGGUUCAGGAAGCCUACGAAACCACAACUAUUGACGCUUCUGAAAUCCCACAGGUCCCCAUCAACCCCUUCACCAAUGGCACAGAGUAUAACAUUGUAACUCAAGGAAGUGAAGAAAUUCAGCAGGACACUGCCGUUUACAGUGGUUCAGAUGGCAGUGAAGAUGUGGCUCACACUGUGGUGGUGAGUGGCGACACAUUAAAACAAUACCAUGGCCAUUUUAUCAUGACCACAGACCUUCAGGGGAAUCAGUUCCAACAGAUUGAGUUCACUGGUGAGGUUGGGUCUCCUCCAAUUAAUUCGAAUUUGCAGUCAUCGCUGAAAAAGUUUUCGUGUAAAAUCUGCACUGCUUCUUUCCAUGGCCGAGCGGAGAUGGAGAGUCAUAAACGAGCACAUGCAGGGGAGCAGGGCUUCAAAUGCCUUGACUGCAACUUUGUGGCCAGCACCUGGCCAGAGGUCCGAAAUCAUAUGGUACAGCAUGCCAAUCUGCGGCCUCACAAAUGUAACCAGUGUAGUUUUGCCUCCAAGAAUAAGAAAGAUCUUCGACGUCAUCUACUCACACACACAAAUGAGAAGCCUUUUGCCUGUGACAUCUGCGGCCAGAGGUUUAAUCGAAAUGGACACUUGAAGUUUCACAUUGAGCGGUUGCACAAUUCCGACUCUGUGCAGAAGAAGGUGCGACAACAGGCUGUCGUUAUGAGCAGUGAUGACGAAACAAUAGCUAUGCAGACAGACCCUGGUGUGAUUAUACAAGACAGACUGCAGCAGGCAUUAUCUGAGGAUCAUAUUAUAGUAUCCCAGGAACAGUCCAUCAUUGACCAGGAUGAAACCACAUACAUCCAGCACAUAACAUCUGAUGGACAGACAGUUGAACACUUAGUUACAGCAGAUAACCAGGUGCAAUAUAUCAUUUCACAGGACGGCGUACAACACUUUGUUCCGCAGGAGUAUGUGGUCGUCCCUGAAGGUCAUCAUAUACAGGUACAGGAUGGUCAGAUCCACCAUAUACAAUAUGAAACAGAUCCCCAGGUGCACCAAGCAUUGCAAGGACAACAGAUUGCAGUGAGCCAUGAUGGACAGAUCCAAUAUCUGCCAAUCACUGACCAGCAGAUUGUCACCCAAGCAGAGUUGGAGGCUGCUGCUCACUCUGCAGUAACAGCUGUAGCAGAUGCUGCGAUGGCUCAGGUCCAGGGGAUAUAUACGACAGAGGCCACAGAAGAUCAGAUUGAACAGCUUCAGCAACAGGCAAUCCAAUAUGAGAUGGCUCAUGCUGAAGUCAUUGCAUACUCAGAGGACUAACUGCGUGCAAAGUGGCAGUCAGAAGCGAAGACUAAGCACUUUUCAAUGUAAAAGGGGGGAGCUGAGGCUACAAGAAAGACAAGUGACUGAUUUCCCCCCCCUUGCUCUGCCUUAGAACCAUAUAUUUGGUUUGCUUCUUAGAUUUUCCUCAACACCUCUUGCAUGUGGUGAACAGAAGAAAAGCUGAUUUGUACAUUUUGCUUUUUUUUUUGUGUCUCCUCUUCCUUGUUGACGUGACUUUCACAGCGAUCUAUAAUUGGCCCAGUAAAUAAACUUGGUACUGAACCCUGACAAACAGCCAGAAAAGCAAAUUGCCUUUUUGUUUGUUUGUUUGUUACUGGAAGGUUAGAGUUUAAUACAUGAUGGCAAAGUGAUGAGAUUUCAGCAUCUGAAGAAUUAAUUCCUAACAGAUCUACACAUGGCUAUAUUUAUGUAUAUUUCUAAUAUAUACAAGAGUAUUUUAUAUAUUAUAUAAAUAUAAUGUGCGUGUGUGUAUAAAGAAAAAGCAGUGAUCCAACUGAAUGAUUUAGAUAUCUGCAUUCUGAGUUUGUUUUAAUUUAACUUGCUGGUAUAGUUCUCAUUUUAAUCUAUGCUGGAUAUUGAGUUUGUUUUCACCCAAAGUGACAUCGCUGCAUUCCACAAUGUGCAGAUUUUCUUACAAAAUGAAUGUAUUGCCAUAUGACAUAGAGCAGGUUUUGCUAUGUGUUUUUUUUAAUACUUGCAGAAGUGUUGGGAGCUGAAUGUAUGUUGAAUCAUGUGAAGAACCAGUAUUUUGAAGAAUUUUGGAAAUAUUUGGAGCCAAGUGUUUUCUUUUUAACAAGGAAACUAUUUUCAGUUGAAGUGCUCAUCCUCUCAGCUGAUACUCUCAUUGCAGUGAUCCAACGUCAGAAUCGUUUUAGCUAUUUUUUUAAAAAUUAUUAUGAAUUUGAAGGACCACAGUGUUUUGCCUUUUGUAGUUAAUAUCAAUGGUUAAUAAGAAAUGUUGACAUCACAAUUGUAUUACCAAACUUGGUCAGUGGAUCAGUGAGACUGCUCAACAACAGGGGAAAUAAAUCCUGCAUUUGCUAUAACAAACCAAGAAUGACAGGUAGCUUGCUCGAGGUUGCAACAAACUAGGAAUGUGAAUGACAUUUAUAAACUGCUGAAGAAUUGUUCAUGUGGUUUAUAAUCUUUCCUGAAAUCUGUGUUGCAAUGUUUUCAAACAAUCUUUAAGUCCCUGUAUUAUACCUUUUUGGCUGGAAUGCUGGACGUGAGUGAUGAACAUUCAGGUGUGAGAACUUGCAUUGUAGUACACUCACUAACAUCUAAGAACCAGCUCAGAAUCUGCAGCAAGACUGAAACCAUUUUCCUUUUUUUUCAAACAAUUGGUUUUGCUCCAAGACACUACCUUGAUGAAGGGUGCUAUAUAAAUGCAGGUUGUUGUUGCUCAGCUAUGAUGAAAAUCUUGAUCGCAAUUGGUAGACUUAUCCAAUUAGCUUUUGGUCUCUGAAUUGCACAAGGAACCCCUGGUGCAUAAUAAAUAUCUUCCUUCAAUCUGCCAUUGCAGCCAUUCAAUGAUCAGUAGUUACUAUAAUAAUAAUAAUUCUUGCAUUGAUGGAGUGCCUAUCAAGACGUCUCAAAUCACUUCCCAGGAUAUACUGUAAAGUGAAUUGACUAUAUUUUGUGGGUGAAAUAUGGCAGACAAUUCCACACAGCAGUAUCAGUUGUGGAUUGAGUGAUCAUAUUUUCUUUUGAGGGAUAUUACCCCCAGAAAGCGAUCCUCCAAUCAACCAACAACCGAGUAUAAACUGCCAGUAUAAUCCCUUCAAAAAUAAACUGGGCAUUCAAUCCACAAUGUUUUUGGGACACUGCUGUGUGCAGUUGGCUGCUGCGUUUCACCCACAAAUAUACAGUCAAUUCACUUUACAAUAUAUACUGUAAAGUACUUUGAGACAAUUUGAAGACAUGAUAAGGUGCGAUAGCAAAUGCAAGGAUUAUUAUUACAUUUUGCUAUUGAAGUUGCCUAUAAUGAGUAUGGCUGAUUUUUGUUACCUCAACCACAGUGGAUCCUCCUAGCUGUCAUUUAUUGUAGCAUCUUAUUAGUUUGUUUUCUGUCCAUCUUUUCUUAAAUACAUUGCAUUGAUUUUGUAAUUGGA